AUGUGCGACGAUACACCAGAAGUGCGGCAAAGUAAUGAGCUAAUUGUUUUAAAGUCAAUAUAUGGUGAUGCUGUCGAGGAGAAUGAAAUAAAUGAGGAAGAAUGGUGUGAAGAAGAGGGGGAGGGGUGGCGGCCGCUGGACGUACUGCUCACUCUGCUGCCGCUGCACGACUCGGCGGGCGCGCACUGCUCGAUCACUCUGCGCUUCAAAUGUUGUCGCGAGUAUCCUGACAAACCACCGAAGAUUUCCGUGAAAAGCAUGCACGGGCUCUCCAUAGAGAACGCAAAUAAAUUAUUAAAAGAUUUGGAGGAGCUUGCAUCUCAACAGUGCGGAGAAGUCAUGAUAUUUCAGCUAGCCCACCAUACUCAGCAAUUCCUUCAUGAGCACAAUAGACCAACACUGUCUUUUUAUGAACAAAUGGUCCAACAGAAAACUGAGCUGGAAGAAAUGAAACAAAGAGACUUGGAAGUGAAAGCGAAUGAAGAAAUUAUCAAAAUGAGAGCUGAGAUCUUAAAGCGGCAGGAGACGUUGCGCGAGUCGGAGCGCUCCGAUGAGGAAGCCGAUGAUGCGCCACGGCUGCUCUGGUAA